AACAUUUUUUUUUUUUUAAAAACAAAACCCUAAAAAUCUCAUCAGAUCCCCUCUCUCACUCUAUCGAAUUCUCUCGCUCACCUCAUCCCUCUUUAAAGCCGCUGCCCACUGCUCAGAGAGUGGACGACGCCGGUGAUUCGCUGCCCAGCGAUUUGACGACGACGGAGACGGCUUCUCCCCUACUCGCUGACGUCGACGGCCAUCUCCUCCCUAAGUCGCCGACGGCAUCUUCACCAACGACGGAAGCGACACAGCUCCUCUCUCCCCAACGACGACACAUCUUCUCCCUCGCAAACGGCAGCAACUCAGUAACGCAGGCCUGAUGGCUCCUUUCAAAGGCAAAGCAAAGAUGUCCAAGCGUGAUGAGGGAAAAGACGAAAGAAUAGACCUGAAGAAUAUUAUGAAAGAUAUUGAGCUUUUGGGUUACUCGCAUAUGACAUGGAAGGAGAAGAAGGAAUUUGAGAAUAUGAAGGUGGUUUCCCUUGGGGGAAAGCCUUCAAAACAACAGAGAUUACCUCUUAGUGUAGCAAAACCGAAGAUGAAAAAACAGAAGGAAAGAGAACAGAAAAUGCUUCAAGAGAGGUUGAUUCUCGGUCGAUUUGGUGGGAGUUCUAGUAGGAACUCUGGCAGUGGUGGGAAAAGAUCCGAUGUGAAGCGUCGUCGGCCAGAGGACAGAGUUCUGAAGUCAAGUCAAGGUGUUUUUAGAAAAGGUGUACUUGAUGUGAAGCAUUUGCUGAGUCAUAAUCCAUCCAGAGCGACUGAACCUUCCACUCAGAUGUUCAACAAAGGAAGAAAGACUGGAAAUGGAAACAGCAAAGGGAAGAGUGGUGGUAUGAAAAUGUUGAAAUUUAAUUUAUAAGUAAAAAAAAAAAGCCAGGAUAAUUCUUGUUUAUGCAUGACAAAAUUAUAUUAGUUUUUAAUUUACCUUUUUAUAGCUUUAGAGGGAUCCGUAUUCUCUCUCAGAAAGAGAGAUCAUUAUUUUUUUUCUUUUGUAACUUAAAUGGGAAGUAUUGGUAUUCAAUCAAUGCAAUCCGCAUUUUUUUGGUCAAACAACAUCUAAUCCGUACUAAGUGCGGAUUUCAUAUUUUAGAUCCAAUUCGAUCCGCAUAAUAGUUUAAAUUUAAUUCAAUCUACAAUAGUGCUGAUUGGAUCGGUUA